AUGGCCAAGUUCGACUUUACAGCUCCAGUAACCUUUGCGGAGCUUGAAAAAACCGUUGAACAAGCCAAAACUGAGGCCAAAUCGGCUUCAAAAGACGAAAUUCGAAGUCUUAUCGGUUACAUCGACUUGACAACGUUGGCCGGUGAUGAUACCAAGGACAGAGUUCAGAAAUUAGCUGCUCGUGCUGUUCGACCGGUCGAAAGUGUAAGUUGGACAGAAUUUUGUUAUCAGGGCAAGUCUUGACUCUUAUUUUUGUCGUGUCAAGUCUUUUUUAUUUUUAUUUUUGUUGAAAAAUAUUGUUGAGCUUACGAUAAGGUAAGUUAUUGUAUGUUUUUAAGCACGAUAUUUGUUUUUAAAGCUUUUAUUGUGUUUUUACUUUAUUUUUGUUGAGGUUUUUCACCUAAAAAUGCCCAUUUUUGCGUUUAAUUUGACUGUUUUCCAGGACCCAUCACUAAAAUGUGGAGCGGUAUGCGUUUAUCCAGCCAGAAUCCUGGAUGUAAAAGCGAAAUUGGCCGAGCUUAACGAGAAGGAUGUUCAAAUUGCUUCAGGUUUGUUUUUCACUUAUUUUGGUGUAUCUUGUUUUUAGUUGUUGGAGGUUUUCCAUCUGGCCAAUACCACUUGAAGUCUCGAGUUCUUGAAUGUCAAUUGGCUGCUGAAGAUGGAGCUAACGAGCUUGAUACUGUUAUCAACAGAGCAGCAGCUUUGGAUGGUGAUUGGGAGACAGUAAAAAGCGAAAUUGAACAAUUGAAGGCUGCUGGAAAGAGCGCGCAUCUGAAGGUAGGCAUGGAUAACAUGGUUUUGGUUGUAGCUUUUUAAAUAUGAGACAAAAGGUUUUGAAAUUUUUGCUAUAUGUAAACUAAAUAUUGGUUUUGAUUAUGUUUGAGCAAUAUUUAAAUUUUCUUAUUAGUUGUUUGGUUACCCUUAAAUUAGGGUAGAUAGAUGAUGGGUUAUAUUAUUUUUAUUAGAACUUUUUUUAAUUUUCACAGAUGUUUCUAAAACUUUAUCAAUUUGUUAAUUACAGGUUAUUCUUGCUACCGGAGAAUUGAAAUCUCAUGAGAAAAUCUACAAAGCUUCAUGGGCUUCGAUUUUGGGUGGAGCAGACUUUAUCAAAACCUCGACCGGCAAAGAAUUUGUAAAUGCCACUCUAGAAGUUGCCUAUGUUAUGUUGCAAGCAAUCAAAGAGUAUCACACUCAAACUGGCAAGAAAAUUGGCUUUAAGCCGGCAGGUGGUAUUCGAACUGUUCAAGAAGCCUUGGAGUUUGUGAAGCUUGUUCAAAUUGUGCUUGGAAACGACUGGCUGACUCCAAAACUGUUCAGAAUUGGUGCUAGUAGCUUGUUGGACAAUGUUAUUCAAGCCUUGUGA